CGAGGUUUUUUGCCUUGAACAGGGCGCACGCUUGCUCCCGCAGUGUACGCGAUAGCUCCGCGCAGUAGACGCGAUUGCUUUAUCGAUCCGCGCAAAAACCGCGCUCUGGGACACUGCGGACGCUCCACAAUCAAACUCCACCGGUUGCAAAUGCAGCAGCCAUCAUUCGACAGUGCCGCGCGCAAGGCGCUGGAAGCCACCGGACUCCUGUCCGAGGAGGAGAUCACGCUCAUCAUCGGCCGCCGCAAGCGCGCCGCGAGCCGAGCAGCGAUCGCCGCAUCCCUCGAAAACACUGCGCUGCUGCCGACGGCAGAGAAACCGGCGGAACGUGAGCUGACGGCCGUCGAGCGCAGCCUGCGGCCUCCGCCCUCGCCGGGCGUCGAGAAGCGGGCCGCCGUCGCCGAGGCCGAGGACCGCCUCAGCGACACGCUCGCGAAGAUGGCCCUGGGGCCGUCGAACGCGCGGGCGCCCGCCGUGCUCGAGGUUGGAACGCCCGUGUCGUUCAAGCUCUCGGACGGCAGCGUGCGCCGCGGCGUCGUCGAGAAGGUCCAUAAUGAUGGGGCGGCCUACACCUUGGUCGAGGACGGCACAGGCGUCCGGUGGCAGCACCACCCGGCGCGGUCCCUCAAGGCGCGGACG